AUGGCUACCAAGCUACUCAUCCCAUUCCUCCUCUGUUUCCUCGCCGCCUCUGCCUCAGCCCUGAGCCAGCAGCAGAGCAGGCCCCUGGAGUACCAACUCCAAGCCCAGCAAUGCAACAUGGACAGGAUCUCCAGCUCCCAGCCCACUAUCCGCAUGCAGCACGAGGGAGGCGUCACCGAGGUGUGGGAUUCCCAGGAGGACCAGUUCAUCUGCGCCGGAAUCGCUCCCUUCCGCGACGUCAUCGAGCCGCAGUCCCUCUCCGUCCCCAAAUUCUUCCCCGCUCCCCGCCUCGUCUACAUCGAGCAAGGCAGGGGAGUGCUCGGGAUCAACUUCCCCGGCUGCCCGCCCACUUUCCACAGCGGUGGCCAGCAGCAGCAGCAGCAGCAGUACCAGCGCGGCCCGAGGAGGAUGAUGAGCGGGCGCGGCGACGAGCACCAGAAGAUCCACCGCAUCCAGCAGGGUGACAUCGUCGCCAUCCCACACGGCGCCGCCACGUGGUCGUACAACGACGGCAAUCAGGACUUAAUCUACGUCACCAUCGUCGACCUCAACAACGACCUCAACCAGCUCGAUCAGAACUUCAGAGGGUUCUUGUUGGGAGGUGGACGAUCCGACGCGAGGCAGAGCCAGAGGGAACUCCGAGGGCGUGGCUCCCAGGGAAGCAGGAGGGGCUGGCGUGGAACCGAGGGACAGCAGUGGAUGUCCCCCAACAUCUUCCAGGGCUUCGACGAGGAGCUCAUCGCCGAGGCGUUCAAUGUCCAGACCGAAACCGUGAGGAGGAUGCAGAACGACAACAGGGGAAUGAUCGUGAGGUGCCAGGAAGAGAUGAGGUUCGUCACCGAGGAGGAAGAGCAGAUGCAGCAGAUGGGAUGGGGCCGUCAAGGUCAGCGCGGCAGCCAUUACGUGAACGAGAACGACGAGAAGAGCCUCCCUGCCGCCGCCGACGAGGAGGAGCAACAAGAGAAUGGAAUCGAAGAGGGCUUCUGCAACAUGAAGAUCAAGCACAACCUCGAGAGACCCGUCCAGGCCGAUUUCUUCACCCGCGAGGCCGGGAGGAUCAACAUUGCCAACCGCGACAAGCUCCCAAUCCUUGGCUUCUUGGACAUGAGCGCAGAGAGAGGCUCCAUCAUGCCGAGAGCAAUGUACACCCCACACUGGUCGAUGACCGACCACCGAGCAGUGUACGUGCUCCGGGGCGACCUGCAGGUCCAGAUCUCGGACGACAAGGGGAACCAGAUCAUGAACAACAGGGUGCAGGAAGGGGAAAUGUUUGUGAUCCCGCAGUUCUUCGCCACCAUGGGGAUGGCAGGGAACCAAGGGUGCGAGUACGUGACGUUCAAGACUUCCGGUAGGACGAUGAAGCACCAGAUGGCAGGGUACAGCUCGGUGAUGAGGGCGAUGCCCAUCGACGUGCUCUCCAACGCUUUCCAGAUGUCGCCAAGGGAGGCAGAGCAGCUCAAGUGCAACAGGGACCCGGAGUCCAUGCUCUUCUCCCCUAUCAGGGGAAGCAGCAGCAGCAGCCGCUACCCGACUACUCCUGUUGCUUAG